AUGUACUCAAAUUUCAGUAAGAAAACAUAUCAUAUAAAAAAAAUUAUGUCAUCACCUUCCUGGUUUAAUAUUAAAAAAAGUGAAAAAUUUUUGAAACGUUUUGGUGAUGUUUUUCCAUCUGAAUAUGCUAAAGCUGUCGAUAGUAACAAGCAAACAUUUAAUUCUUUUAUUAUUAUUGGAUUAGAUAUAUUGAAAUGUCUGGAUAAAUGCUGUGAUGAGGAUAAUAAAAGUGCAAAUGAGAUGGUGGAAUGGAUUUAUAGAACACAAAUUUAUGGAAAAUUCGAUGAUGUUGAUAGUUCUAGUAAUGCAGAAUUUGGUUUUAGGGGUUCUUUUAUGACUGCCGGUAAUUAUAUAAAAGAUUCUGAUCAUUUAGAAGAUGCAAAAAAUGAAUAUGAUAUACCCACAAUAUCACAAACAUACUCAGCACUUUGUGUUCUCUUAUCACUUGGUGAUGAUUUAACACGUGUUAAAAGAAAAGAAAUUCUUCAAAGUGUUAAAGAAUGUCAAAGAGAAGAUGGAGGUAUUGCUGUUUCAAAGUAUGAUUUAGAGGAAUAUGACAUGAGAAUGGUUUAUUGUGGUGUAUCUAUAGCAUAUAUUUUGAAUGGUCUCGAUUAUCUUGAUAAAAAUAGAAUAAUAAGUUUUAUUAAAAAGUGUAAAUCUUUUCACGGUGGAUUUGGUAUGAGGCCUGGAUUAGAGGCUCAUUCGGGUUCAACAUUUUGUGCCAUAGCAUCAUUACAUUUAUUAGGAAUGUUAACACCAUCUGUAAUAGAUGAAGGAAGAUGUUUAACUAAAAAUGAUAUUGAAGAAACUGUUAGAUUUUGUGUUUCACGGCAAAUUGUAGGAUUUAGUGGAAGAAUUAAUAAAAAUGAAGAUGCUUGUUAUACAUUUUGGGUUUGUGGUACAUUACAAAUUUUGGGAUAUUUAAGUGUUGUCUCAACUAGUAAUGCUUUUAAAUUUCUAGAACAUUGUUAUGAUAAUUUUACAGGAGGCUUUGCAAAACUUCCAGGAUAUCCACCAGAUAUUCUUCAUUCCUAUUUUUCAAUAGCUUCUAUUUCAUUACUACUUCAUGCUGACAAACAAAAUGAAGACUUAGUUGUAUCACCAUUAUUUGUUCCAUUAAACAUUACAAAACAAGCUUAUUUACAUCUUAUUUCAUUACAUGAAACAUCUAAUUUUUCACAUAUAAACUUUUAA